UGAUGGCGUGCACAGAGAUGUUUUAGGUUUGGAGAAGUUUUCGGAACAGCUGCUUUUCAAGCCUCUUCUUGGCUUCAUCAUGCUGACAUUUCUUUGGAAAUCCACUGUCUUUCAUCUCCUCAUCAUCUCCUGCUGUUUACUUAAUUAUGUGAUUCCUGAGGACAAUCCAGACAUACCAGCAAUCGCUAAAUAUUUCAACACGAAAGGGAGGUAUGAGGAAGUGAACCCGUAUCUCAUUGAGGACAUACUUGCUGUAAACAGAUCUAUUUUACAGCCUCCAUCUGCACAAUGUCAAGAAAUUCAUCUGACUGCGAUAAUAAGACACGGCACGAGGUACCCAACGAGCAAAAUCGUCAAGGAGAUGCAGCAGCUCUCCAACAUCGUCCUACACAAUGCCUCGGGCGUAGAGAGCUGGCUGCCUGAGAUCCAGACCCAGUGGACAAUACAGUACACUGAGGACAUGGACGGCCGACUUGUCCAGAAAGGUGUGAACGAUCACAAGCACCUGGCCGUCAGGCUGUCAAAGCUGUUCCCAUCACUGAUCUCAGAGGAGAAGCUCCGAGGUGGAUUCAUCAAAUUCAUGACCAGCUCAAAGCACAGGUGUAUCAACAGCACACUGUCUUUCAAAGCAGGACUCACAGAGCUGUGGGCUAUUACAGAUAAGGAGUUUGACCAUGAAGUGAACGAUGCUCUCAUGAGGUUUUUUGACCAGUGCACCAGGUUUGUGCAGGAAGUUGAUAACAACCCCUCAGCUCUGUCAGAGGUGGACAAGUUCAAGCAGGGACCGGAGAUGAGGAGGGUCCAGCAGAAGGUUGCAGACCAUCUUGGAGCGCCAUACAGUCUCAUCACACAAGAUAUGGCUGAGGCUGCAUUUUACCUGUGUGCUUAUGAAUUUGCAAUCAAGGCGGUAAACUCGCCUUGGUGUCAACUCUUCGAUGAGGAUGAUGCAAAGGUUAUGGAUUACGCAAGUGACCUGAGGGAAUUCUGGAAAAGAGGCUACGGUUAUGACAUUAACAGCAAGUCGAGCUGCAUUCUCUUCCACGAUGUGUUUAGCCGACUGAACAAAGCAGCCAGCGAGAACAAGUCAGGUCAGCAGGUGACUGAGGCUGUGACAGUCCAGGUGGGCCAUGCAGACACCCUCUUGCCACUGCUCACCCUCCUGGGCUUCUUCAAGGACAGCGAUGCCCUGACUUCCACCAACUACGCCACACAGACACAACGCUCCUUCCGCACCAGCCACAUGUUACCCUAUGCAGCUAACUUACUCCUGGUGCUAUACGACUGUGGGGGAGGCGACCUGAGACUGCAGCCGCUGCUCAACGAGAAGCCUGUCACUUUCCCCGGUUUGACUGAGCAGCAGGCCUCCAUGCCGCUCUAUCAAGACGUCAGAGAGAACUACAGGGAGCUGCUCCAAGGCUGUGACUUUGAGACUGAGUGUCAGCUGUUCAAGAGUCCUGCUUAAGUUUAGGAAGACGGGGUAGAUGCAGGAAAAGAGGGCAUUGUAGUGGCUUUAUGUUUGUUUGCUAAACAAUAUGCCACCAUGAAAAUGUUCCUUGUUGAAUGAGCAUUUCUAAUGUUCUGCUUUGGAAAUUUUGAAUAUGGAUUUCUUACAUCGAUCACUUUGCUGCUUGCUGUAACCAAACACUUUCAGGAGGCACAAACAUGUUUUUUGAAACACUGAAUUAAAAAUUAAGAUAUGGCUUGAUGUUUUUUGGGGGGUUUUUCUGAGAUUUGGCUUUCUUUCUUUCCAUAGAAAGAACUAUAAUAUAAAAAACAGUUUAAUCAGUUAUUAACAACUUUCUUAGUAGGAAAACUGAAUUCACUUUUGCCGAUGACUUAUCUGGAACAAAAGAUGAGAGAAUAAAAGAUGUUAUGGUAUGCAA